AUGGAGGAAGAAGAAGCAGAUGUAGAGGCACGUGUUAGGGAGGCGUUGCGGCUUCUAGAGGACGAUGGAGACGGUGAUAGUGAAGAAGAGCUGGAGAAUAGGGAGUGGAGAACGAGAGCAUCGGCUGGACACUUCACGGCGUUUGAUAAUGAAGUGGUGGAGGAAAAUUGGAUGUUAGGUGCUCAAGAAGAGCCGGUUAAGACUUAUUCAAGGUCGAUGGACGGAUUGAUGGGCUCGAAAAAAGAAGAGAAUCGGGAAGAAGAGGCGGAGAAGGAGAAGGAGGAAAGUGACAAGAAAAGCGGAAAAAUGGUGGAAAUGGAAACGAAUAUGACCGGUGAUAGGGAUGAUAAGAGGCAGCUAGCUCUGAAGGAAGAUUGGCAAGAAGCUUACACGGCAAAAGGCCACGUGUACUGCUACAAUCGAUUUACGCGUGAGUCAUUGUGGAAAAAGCCAAAUCAGUAUGAUGCGAGCACGAGCCAGCCUCAAAUGGCCGCUGCAGCGACUGAACAGUUGGCGGAUCCGCAUAGCUCGGUGCUGGAACAGUCCUUUGAGGAUCAUCUACCUGGGUCAGGCUCUACGCUUUUGAGCAUGGAGCACCAGACAACGUUGUAUUGCUGCUUUUGUGGCGAGCAGCAAUUGUCGGAUCAGUAUGCUGCGCAUUUCCAACAGUGCACGACAGCCUGUUUCCAUAAACAACGCCUAUCUCCGCUAUACGCGAGUUUUGAACGCGCGCUUGUGUUGAUGUCGGAGGAUGCCACACUACGAUCAGUGCACUAUGCAGCAUCAUUUCCAGACCCCACGCCUUGCAAGCGACCCGAGGCCACCUCAGUGCAAGAUAGUUUGCUGUUGCUGCAUUCCAGGCUUCGUCGAUCUACCAACGAACAGCACAUUACCACGGAAAGCAUACCACAAAAAUCGGCGAGCUAUCAAGAUUACAGGCUCGGCAACAAGUUUGAUGAUGAGCGUGCGCGCGUAAAAGAGGAUGCGUCUUCGGCCCUACAAUCUGCAUGCACCCGAACUGCCGAACGGAAGAAAGAGAGUGAUGUCAAGAGAAAAAGCGAUCAACCUACACGCGGCACUUUCGUGGGAAUGCCAGUAACACCGAAAACAGAGACGUGUCGGUAUUGUAAUCGAAGCUUUGCCGAAGGCCGGCUUUCCAAGCACGAGGCUGUCUGCCCGCGGGUAUUCGGUAGAAAAGGCUCAUGGGGACGUGGAGCUUCAUCGUAUCAAGUUUCUCCUCAAAGUCGAAGGAGUGGCAAUGUCGAAACGCCACUGAAAUCUACGGGGUCGAUGACAUCCAGUAUGCACAAGCUGAAAGACCACACACUGCAACAAAGCUACAUCGAGCACAAAGCCACGCUCGUACUGUGUCCAUGUUGUCGUCGGAAGUUUGCGCCUUCGGGUGUGCAGCAGCAUAUCGCCAUCUGCAAAGGAGUUCAGAACCGCCCUCGGAACUCGUUUCGUCAAGACUGCACAAUCGCCGGCUAG